GCAGCAAAACUGAGGCAAAAUGUCUGUCAACGAUCAUCAUCAGCCGUCUCCACUAAAGAAGUUCAGAUUGUUAAUGUGCAUCAUUGCGGUCGACACCAUCCUCUUUCUCACCCUGCUGCUGUGGAUCUACAGGUCUAAUGAGAGCUUCCAGUCCUGGACCCAGUACUACAAAGCAACAACUAAGCCUCAGAUGACAGCGCAACCAAAAUUGCCUCCACAAUGUGGUACAGGGCAAAUAGUUUCUCAGGGACAAAAGGGGUCUCUUGUGGCAGUCAAAAAGUCGAAGACACUGCUGAUAUCAGCUUAUCAGGAGCACCGCACAACAAACAAUGAGGUCAGUGAAGAGAGCAGGGCACCAAUCCUGCCAAGUUUUACUCCUUCUGGAGCGAAAACUAAAAGCUGUGAGACCCCAUCUCAUAUCACAGUGACCUCUGCUGCAGACGACUCAGAAGAUAUACUUGACAAUGAGUUUUUUGAGGUGAAGAACCAGGAGGCGAACAGUGUCAUCUUUCCUUACAACUUCACCGUCUGCCUCUCCACCAUGUUUGAUUUCACAAACGUUCUGCAGCUGGUCCAGAGUCUGGAAAUGAUGCAGUUACUGGGGGUGGACAGAGUUGCCAUCUACAAGACCAGCUGCAGCCCUGAAACACAGCACAUACUGGACUACUACACACAUAAAGGUUUAGUAGAGGUGAUUCCUUGGCCUCUGUCCAGAUUUCUGAAUGUAUCUCGAGGCUGGCUUCCUCAACACGGCCCAGGUGACCUCCACUACUUUGGCCAGAUUGCUGCUCUCAAUGACUGUGUUUACAGAUACAUGUACCAGUCCAGAUAUGUGGCCCUGCAGGACAUGGACGAACUCAUUCUGCCCCAGACAGUCGACAGUUGGACGGCGCUUUUGCCUCUGCUGGAAAAUAAAUAUGGGGCUGACCUGUGUUACUUGUUUGAGAAUAACGUGUUCCCCAACACCAUCAAGUUGCCUCCUCCCACCUCCCAAACUCUGCCCCAGCAGAGCCCCAGCUGGCAGAAUGUGCCCGGGGUGAACAUCCUGGCUCACUUGUACCAGGAACCCCCUCUUUACGGUAACACCAAGAUCAUUGUCAAUCCACGAGCUGUGUUCUCCACAUCCGUCCACGAACUGCUGAUCUCACAGAAAGGCUGCACCUUGGUUGACAGGAAUAUAGCACGGAUGUACCACACAAGAGCUGCGAUACAAACCGAACUGAAACCAGACCAGCUGAUUUACGAUGACCGACUGCUGAGCUACAGCACCCGCCUCAUACAAACUGUCAAUACUGUGCUCAAAGAGAGUGGAUUUCUACAAGAGAACAGCAGGCAGUAGAGUGUGUGUGCCAAAAAUCUCUUUGACUUUCUGAAUUGUUCUGACUUCAGAGGGCGUUCACUUGAAUUUCCCAGUUAGGGAAAACAAAUUUCCAAUUAUUCCAACACAACAUGAAUGCACAAUUUCUACCACCCAUGUGUAAACAUUGUACUUGAUGGCAGCAUAAAAUUAAACAAAUUCUUUACAAUACAAAUAACAAUACGGGGAGUCAUAACAUAAGCAUAAAGACUAAAACUAAAAGGUGGAUUACAAUCUCAAGUGCCAUCUUCUUUUGUAAUGAACUUUGACCUAGAUCCAACAGCGACCUCAUAGUCCUCCAUUGGUCCAUUGUGAGAUUAUACACAAUGGGCUCCCUGGUCUACAGGCCAAAGCUGGACCCUUCUGCUGUGAGGCUGUACUCAGGCACCGUGGUGCUUUGAGCUAAAUGCUAAUGCAUGCUAAAAUGUUCACUAAGACAAUGCUACAUGUGUAUGUUAAUCAGGUAUAAUGUUUACCAUGUUCACCAUGCUGACAAUAGAGGGCAUUUCUUCAAACUUGGCGCAAACAUCCACAAUGAACUGAACUUGUCAAAGGUUAAGGUCCUCAAACAGGUUUUUUCUAUUCUAGUUGCAGGUAUUUCAACCCUUUAUUACACAAUAGAAAUUAUGGAACUAACUUUAAAAUUGCACCAACUUAUUAAAAGUAUAUGAAUUAAAUAUAAAUGACAAUCAGUUGCAUUGGUCUGUAGUAUGUUAGUAAUAAUAUGUCAAGUAAGAGUAAUGUCAGACUAUUUUACUGAAUCAUGUAUUUAUUUGUGCUCGCAAGGGAAUAUCAGUCAAACUGGUGUUGGGUUGUUUUGAUAGAACAUCUCUUGUUUUUUAUUUUCUUAAAUGUUUUUUUUAUUGUGCACUCAGGGGGAAUAUUAAUCAAAUAGGUGUUGGUUUAUUCUAUUUAUACAAUCAGACAACACUUUCAAUAUCUUAUUCAUAUCAGUCAGUAUAUGAAACAGGGCAAGACGUGCAGAUAUUAUAUCAAGAUGUACAAGGUGAACUUCACAGAAGAAUAUAAUAUAAAUGGUUUGCAAAUUCCAUCUGGUAAAAACACUCAACACGUGGUGCAAGCAAAAAAUAAAAAACUUUGUUCU